UGUCCGGAGAUGAGCGCACACCGGUGCCGGCUGCAGGCGUGCAGACUGAACCGUUUAUCACCGUUCACUGAACUCGGUCUUUGUCAUGUUUAAAACCCGGAAUACUCUUCUAACUGUGUGACUGAUUUUAACCGUGAAGAUGUUGACAGACAUGACUGUAGAGGAAGAAUUUGAGAUCAAGGAGGAGGAACCGUGGUACGACAAGCGAGACCUUGAACAUGACCUGCAGCUGGCAGCCGAGCUUGGUAAGACUCUUCUGGAGCGAAACAGGGAGCUGGAGCAAGGGCUGCAGCAGAUGUACUCCACCAACAGGGAACAACUCCAGGAGAUUGAGUAUCUGACGAAGCAAGUGGAUCUUCUCAGGCAGGUCAAUGACCAGCAUGCUAAAGUGUACGAACAGCUAGACAUGUCGGCCCGAGAGCUGGAGCAGAGCAAUCACAAACUGGUUGUGGACCACAGGACGGCCCAGCAGAAGAUCCAGGGGCUGACAGAAACAGUGGAGCAGCUGCAGACGCAGGUGGAGGAGCUGCAACAUCAGGUGGAAGAGAUGAAGUUGAGUCCAUCUCAGCCUCAGAAGUGGCCCCCUCGCAGCGCUCAGAGUGUGUCCUGUCUGAAAGAGCUGCAAAACACACUCAGGUUCAACUAUGACGCCGACAAACCCUCAGACGGCCUUGAGUGCUCCACCAUGUCGUGGCAUGAGGAGGAGCAGGCGUCACUACGACAGUCCCUCCGCACCCUCCAGACUCAGUUUGCCGGGGAGCGCGCUCGGAGGGAACAGUCGGAGCGAGAGGCCGAGCUGCUCGCCGGUGAAAAUGCAGCGCUGGAGCAGCAGCUGGCCGGGAUGGAGCAGUGCCAGGCCAGAGUGGCUGAGCUGGAGCGGGAGGCUGAGGAGCUUCGUCAGCUCUGGAAAUCCGAGUCCUCCCCAAGAUCCACCAGGCCGGACAACAUCCACAGCCUGCUGCCUAACUCCAUGUUCCUCAACCCGGAGGAGGAGAGUGAAGGGGACGCAGCUGCAGCCAGAAGCCCCUGGGUCCUGAAGCGCUGGGACAGUGAGCGGCUUAUGAAGGCAACGCAGUUGCCCGACUCUCCCGACAGCAUCUAUGACCAUGAGUGCUCCUGUGUGCGUCGAGCCGAGGUGGUGAAAUAUCGCGGGAUCUCGCUGCUCAACGAGGUCGACGCCCAGUACAGUGCCUUGCAAGUGAAGUACGACGAGCUGCUGCAGCGCUGCCAUCUGGGGCUUCAGGAGGAGGAGCAGGAUGGGCAGGACCACAAGUCGGUCCAGGCGGCAUCCCUCGCUGCCGCUUGUCCUGCUCUCACAGACAUGGAGGACUUUGAGGACGACUUUCACCAGCCAGAGUACAAGGAACUUUUUAGGGAAAUUUUCUCCCGCAUUCAGAAAACCAAAGAAGACCUGAUUCAAAACAGAGGGAGACCCUCAGCUGGUGAAGCGCUGCCUGUUUUGCUUUAGUUGCUUCCAAAGACAAGAAACAAAAAGAUCUGCUACAAGAUGAAGUAUUGUCUUUCAGUUGCAAAGCGACUCUUUGGAAAGACUUCUACAGCAGCACACGAAGCUAACUAACUCCACACAUCACUGUAUGUUAUUUGCCCCAGAAAUGGUGAUCGGUUAAGAGAUUAGAGUGAUGCAGGAACAAGAAGGCCUAACACCACCAGCUCAUGUCUCAGAUGUGGCUCACUUUGCACAGAAACACCAGUGCCUAACUCUGCCGUCUCUACUGUACAAUCACUCUACCUCACUUUGCACAGCCCUGCUCACAAACAAGCUCCCGAGGAAAUCAUUUCUGGGUAUUCUUUUCGUAAGCUGUAUCGGUAACACUUUAUUUUAGGGCUCCCAUAAUUUCCUAGAAAGAAAUUGACAGUUUAAUGUAAAUUCACAGAAAGGUUCCUGGUAAAGACGCAGACAUAGACUUGGUACUGAUUUUAGAGAAAACGGGGAAUGUGUUCAGUAACUACACUUCCAAUUAAACACUAUCAAAAUAAUAGCUUAAAAUAUCUUUUAGUCAGUGCAGAGCGGGUCAGCUGAACAUGGGGAAAUUUGUCUAAAUUGUAUACAAUUAUUUAACAAUUUAAUAUAUAUGGGAAAAAAGUUUCCAAGUAAAUUUGUCUUUCAAGUAAGUUCCUCUGUUUAGGACUGCAACUAAGGAUAUUUUCCAUUACCGAUUAAUCAGUUUUCUUUUAAUCGUUUAGUACAAAAAAAGCACAACUUCCGAGAUUUCAAGCAACCUCUUCCAACAUCUUGUUUUGUCCAAGCAACAAAACCCAAACAUACAUUUAAUUUACUAUCAAAGAAGAUGAAGAAAAACCAGCAAAAUGUCACAUUUGAAAGCUUUUUUAGCAUUUUAAGACAAAAACAUUUCUUAAAUGAUUAAUCGAAUAUCCAGAUUUAUUUUGUUGAUCAGCUAAUCACCUAAAUUAACCAAUUGUUUCCACUCUCGUUGCUUGUGUAACCUAAAAAUUCAUAGUCAGUAAAACUGGAUCUAAGUUCAAUUGUAUAUAUUUAUGAUAAUUCAACAUAAAUGUAGAAUUGAGUUUCUUUAUUCCAAACCUGCAAUAACAUAAUAAUGACAGUAAUACUUUUUGCCACUCGGUAAAGCCGCAGAUUCAGUUCAUGAUUGUCUUUAGGUUCAUCACUGAGUGAACCUUUUCACACUUCAGUUCCUCUAUAAACCAAGUGCUUCUAAACUUAAUAACUUUUGCAUAAGUUGUAUCUAGUUUCCCUUUACUUAGUCCCAAAUUUAACAGCUAUUUCCAGGAAACUUUAUUGAAAAUUAUUAGGAAAUUACAGAACCAUAAAAUAAAAUGUUAUUGCUGUAUCUGCUGUUUGUUUUGUUUACCUGUGAUCUAAUGUGAACUUUUUAAUAAUUUCUUUCUUUGCAUACAUAUAUAAAACAGUACCUUUCUUGGUGAGAUUUUCGCCUGCGCCUAGAAGAUGCAAGAACAACCGACAUGGUAUCUGAUGUGAAGGAAUUUAUUAUUGUUAUUAGAAGAAUUACGCUGAUGAUUCAAGGUGCUAGAUUUUUGUAAUUGUAACAUUUAUUUCUCAAAAAACACCUAUACUUGAUUGUUGUAUGAUAGGUUAGUUGACCGUGAGUGAAUGUUAUAUUAAAGGGAAAUUCUGAGGUUUACCCAAUCUCUCUAUGUACUUGAUAAUUUAACAGCCUCCUGAUAUAUUAGCCUCAUAAAGCCAUGUAUGAUUAGAAGCUUUUCUCAGCUGCAGCUCUGUUGCUUUUGCUGCCUGACGUUCAUGUGUCCUUGUUAAGCUUAAGACUGUGCACAUACUGUAGUUUGUAAAUGUCUAUGAAAUCCCGUUUAGAUGCACUUUCUCUCCUGACACUUUACAUUUCUGUCACAUGUAGUGUGUGAUAUGCUACCAGACCUGAGUAAUCUGCAGAAUAUAUGUAUGUUCGAUGUGUUUUUACCUGUUUCAUGAUUGGACCUCAUGGUUUAUGUUGUUGCUCUGAGCCAUAAAACAUGAAGCAAGCUGA